AUGGCGAAUGAGCAGAAAAUUCUGGAACUCUUGGAAAUUCAAUCCAAAUUACUCCAGUCAAUCAUGGGUAAUUCAAGCCUGUUUUCACAUUCUGCAAGAUCAGAGCUUUUAAUGGAUUCGUUAGCGAGUAACAUUUCCGAGUUUUGCUACGAUCCAGAGCAUUCACUCACAUUCGAAGCAUGGUUUUCUCGGCACGAGGAUAUAUUUAACGUGGACGGGAAAGAUCUCGACGAUGCAUCCAAAGUAAGACUGGUAAUGCGGAAGCUUAAUGCAAUAGCUCACGAAAGGUAUGCAUCGUACAUCUUACCAAAGAACACGCGGGAUAUAAGUUUUGAAGAAACUGUGAAGAAUCUCAAAGCAAUGUUUGGGGUUUCUGAAAGUCUUUUCAAUUCCCGGUACAGAUGUCUUCAAACAGUCAAGAGUCCAGUAGAAGAUUUUAAUACCUACGCAGCACGUGUCAACAAAAACUGCGAAGAUUUUAAGUUGAGCGCCCUCACACCAGACCAAUUCAAGUGCCAAGUUUUUGUGACAGGACUGCAAUCAUCAUCAGAACAAAACUGUUGUCUAAAUUGCAUUAAUCGAACAAGCGUCAUCACCAGCAACCUCAGUCAAUGCAGUCAGAAUACAUCAAAAACACAAAAAUCAACUUCAGUCUGCGCAGCAGCAGAAGCAACAAAACAGCUUGCCAAGAUCCCCUUGUUGGAGUUGCGUGAAAUGCAUUUCUCACGAGAUUGCACUUUCAAAAAUCAUAAAUGCACAAAUUGCAAUCGUGUGGGGCACAAGGAAGGUUACUGCAGCUGUUCUUCAUCAAAAAGUGACAAACUAAUUCCGACGAAAGCAAUAAAGAACAAUGGUCGACAUGGGAACAAGAAAAAAUUCUCCCAACAAAACAAAGCCGUCUUUGUUAAUUGCGUCCAACAUGCGAAGCGAAGGAAGUUUGUAGAGGUGAACAUCCACACCAGCGCUCAGAGAUCAAGCCAGUCUAUCCGUCUUCAAGUAGACACUGGUUCUGACAUCAGUAUGAUCGAUAUAAGUACAUGGAACAAGAUUGGGCGACCAGGAACCGUACUUAAAGAUCGUGAAGCAAAAAGCGCAUCAUUGAAUUCCAUCAAACUUAUCGCUGAAUUUCCUUGUGAAAUUCAGCUAAAUGGGAAAGUAAAAUCUUGUAAAUUAUUUGUUUCAGAAGUUAAGUUUUUAAAUAUUUUAGGAACAGAUUUGUGCGAAAUAUUUGAUUUAUGGGACAAGCCUAUCAACACAGUGUGCAUCAUUCGAAUCAUUCAACCGACGACCGCCGAUCGCAAUGCAGCCAUAUCAAGCAUUAAGAAGCGGUAUGCUAAAUUGUUCAAGUCAGAUGAUUCUUCGGUUUGUUCGAAACUGCAGGUCGAGCUCCACCUUAAACCAAAAGCUGUUCCAGUAUUCCGAGCCAGAAGAGAUGUGGCGUACGCUGUCCUUCCCCAAAUAGAACGGGAACUCAAACGUCUACAGGAUCGAGGAUAUAUCACUCCAGUUGAUUAUUCAGAUUGGGCAGCCCCAAUAGUGGUAGUGAAAAAGUCUUCAGGAGAGAUCCAAGUCACACCCGAAUCUGCUAAACUGCUUACCAUUAACACCCACAAAGGUUUAUUUAGACCAAACAGACUAGCACCUGGUACAAAGCCUGCACCUGGAGCAUUUCAGCAGAUUGCAGACACAGUUUUGGCGGGUAUUGAAGGAGCAGCAGCUUAUAUCGACGAUUUCGUCAUCGGGGGAAAAACCUUCGAAGAUCAUUUAAGGAUUUUGAACCAAGUACUUCAACGCCUCUUGGAGUUUAAUUUCCGUGUGAAAAUCGAAAAGUGUGUUUUUUUUGCUCCUCAACUCAAGUAUCUUGGUCAUAUUUUGAAUAAAAAUGGGUUGAGACCAGAUCCUGACAAGAUACAACGCAUCAAGACCAUGCCAGCACCAACAAACAUCACUGAACUUAGGUCAUUCCUAGGAGCUGUAAAUUAUUAUGGCAAAUUUGUGAAGCAAAUGCGAGAGAUUCGAGCACCUUUGGACAAUUUGCUACGUGACAACGUAGAAUUCGUAUGGUCCAAAGAAUGCCAGCAAUCAUUUGAAAAGUUUAAGGCCAUUCUCUCUUCCGAACUUUUGCUUACACACUACAAUCCGAAUUUGCCAAUAAAAGUUGCAGCAGAUGCCUCAAAUGUGGGAUUGGGUGCAUAUAUUGCGCAUACAUUUCCGGAUGGCUCUGAAAAAGUCAUCAUGCAUGCGGCAAGGUCUCUCGCCCCAGCCGAGACAAGAUAUAGCCAGAUAGAAAAGGAAGCAGCGGCAAUCAUAUUUGCUGUAAAAAAAUUUCAUCGAAUGAUUUUUGGUCGAAAGUUCACUUUAUUGACUGACCACAAACCACUCAAAGCCAUAUUUGGAAAUAAAAAAGGUAUACCAACUCAUACUGCAAAUCGACUACAGAGAUGGGCACUUAUCCUCAUGAUGUAUGACUUCAAUAUCCAAUAUGUCUCCACCAAAGAAUUCGGAUUUGUCGAUGUUCUAUCUCGAUUACUCGAUACCAAGAGCGAAUUGGACGAAGAAGUUGUCAUCGCAAAUACGAAAUUUGAGGAAGAUUUUUCAACAUGUCUGCUCAACGUAAUCGAAGUGCUACCUAUAAAUUUCGAAAUGGUUAAGAGUGCAACUAAAAAAAGUAAUUUGUUACAAUCAGUCAUCAGUCAAAUGAAUUCCGGAUGGAAAUUCAAAAAUCCACCAGAAAUGGUUCCAUUCUAUAAUAGAAGAGAUGGAUUAGCUGUAAUCGAUGGAUGCCUUAUGUUCAACGACAGGAUUGUUAUUCCAUUUUGCCUUCGUAAACGAAUCCUUAGGCAAUUACAUCGAGGUCAUCCAGGAAUGGAAAGAAUGAAGACAAUAGCUAGAGGUCAUGUGUACUGGCCUAGGAUAGACGAGGAUAUAGCAACGUACGUGCGCCAAUGUCAAUCAUGCGCCACUGCAGCUAAAUCUCCAAUCAAAACAACGCUUCAGUCAUGGCCCAUAACCACAUCUCCAAUGGAAAUAAUUCACAUUGAUAUUGCAGGUCCAACAGAUGGUUUCUUUUAUUUCAUUGUCGUGGACUCAUUUUCGAAAUGGCUAGAUGUUUUCCAAAUCACUAGUAUUACUUCAUCAGUCAUCGUAAGUAAGUUGAAUGAAUUUUUUUCUCGUAAUGGAGACUGUGAUCAACUAGUUUCCGACAAUGGAACUCAAUUUACGAGUGCUCAUUUCCAAAGUUUCAUAAAAUCUCGAGGUAUCCAGCAUCUAAGAACAGCACCAUUCCAUCCACAAUCAAACGGACAAGUGGAGCGAUUUGUGGAUACUCUCAAGCGAAUUCUGAGGAAACUUAAAAACGAGGGGACGAGUCUCGACAACAUGGAAACAUUCUUACAAACUUACCGUUCCACUCCAAAUCGAAAUGUGAAAGAUUUCAAAUCUCCAGCCGAAGCAUUCAUCGGUAGAAAAAUUAAAACUUCGUUGGAUUUGUUAAAGCCAAGAAAACCAGUUCCAACAACAACUAAUGAAAAGCAGAAUCAGCAGUUUAAUAAGCACCAUGGCGCCAAGAACCGGCGCAGUUUAUAG